AUGUCAGACGCCGAGACCAGCUACUCGCCCGACCCCGAGGACCCCGCUCGUCACUUCCUCAAAGCUCAUCCAGUGGGUAAAUGGUCCAUCAUGAAUUAUUUAAAUGCCAACCGCGAGCUCUUGGGCACCAAAAAUGGGUUCUCAAUCCUCUGUGAUUCUUGGCUCCGAGAAUUGGCACGCGUUAUAGAUGAUACCACAAUCUCAGAUCGAAAACGGAAGGCUGCCACCAAGCUUCUCAACAGAUAUAAAGUCGCUGGCGAAGACCACCGUGCAGCCCGUGUAGCCUAUGAUCUCGCUAAGAUUGAAAAAGGCGGGCAGCCUCAUAUCGUUAUUAAGGGUAGUAAUACGUUCACUAAUGCUACCGUCUCUGUGAAUGCAUCACUGCCACCUUCCUCCUCCCCCGAACCAGGACCAGCAUCCAAUACCCGGAAGCGGAAACGGAAACGGGAGAGUAAAAGACCUGCCGCAGCUCCAGGAUUUAUCAAGCAUUUCGCCGAAUCAUUCAGGUGCAUGGAUAAAUCCCGAAAAUGGCUUCUCCCCUCCGGUAUCUAUGUCGAGGAUCAGCUCUAUAACUGCUUCAAAGACGCUCCCAAUGAGUGCGCAGUGCACUCUUGGGUAAUUGAUAUACGUGACACUUCAGUACGGGACUGCUUCCCUGAUGAAGACUGGGAAGCCAUUUGCGCUGCGGUACCACCAAUGCCAGAUCCAAAUCCGAGUUUCGUACGCUCAAUGCUGCAGUUCGCCACAUUAAGAACCGCCGACCAAUUGCGUGACUAUUUGGACAUUACUCCAGCUUUCAAACCAGAGGAAUUACCAAAUUUCACCCCGGAGGAGCGUCUUGGACGCCGCUGGGUCAAUACCGUUCUUCGCUGCUGGUCAGAUCUUUGUCAAACUCCCAACGUAUUCGAACAGAACCACCGAGAGUUCUGGUACAUAAGUAACUUCUGGGGGGCCGUCUUUGAUCAAUGCAUGUCUACGAUCCCAGGUAGCUACAUGAGCCGCGGAGAGUCCAAAUCCCUAUGCACAACCGAUCGAAAGAACAUGCACCCAGAACACAAAAAGCGCAAACGUAUUGGCCACCUUUAUGACGGAAUUCUUCAAAUAAACGGCCAUGAGGUUGGCGUUGCAGAACAUGCACGAUACUUUGCAGGCGAGAAGGAAAAGAAAUGGGUCGCAGACACGCUCAAAGUUGUCAAGGUCCUCCACGACAUGUUAUACCAUCUACAAAUGCACAUUCACUCGGACUCGCCUGACGGACUGGGCGGACUUCAUGUUGUAGGAAUGGUUACAGCUGGAUGGCGAUGUCAGUUCCUUCGCAUGGUCUAUGGAAAGGGCUAUAUAUGUCUCCUUUCCACUGACGAUGUACGCAAAAUUCCCACCAGCGUCGAGAACAUCUCGUCUCUCCUGGAGUUGUUGGGCUUUCUCUGGAAAACUCGAGAAAUGUUGAACCGUUGUGAAGCUACUAUCAACCCAGUUUUGACGCCCGAGCAACUUGCAGAGAGGCUGAUGAGGCCUUCAGGCCCAGUAUUGGUGCCGCCAAAAUCUGCGCUAAUGAUUCCACGGUCUGUAGAAACCGAUGAUGGGAUUAUUAUCUAUAAGGAUUUGAAUGGUGGGGGUGAUACAGAGGAGGAAACAGAAGUCGAAUAA